CGGUUUCGGGCGCGUGAGGGGCUCUGCGGACCGGAAGUUGAGGCGUUCGCGGCGGUUAACAAGAACAGGAAUUCCGUCGGAAGAUGCUGUGGCAUCAGCCAGCCCAGCUGUUUACCAGGAAGUGAUGUGCACGCCCCACGCAUCCCCACGCAUGGCUCCUGUUUCUGUGGGAAACAGCUCUGCCGGUUCACAAGUUCUUCAGCUGAAACCCUCAUCUGGCUCUGAUAACUCCUAGGGUUGGUCUGGGACCCUCUGAGGCUACAGAGAUGGAACCUCUGAACUCUUCUGUGAUGGCCCUCAGAGACUGAAGGCAGAGUAGGUGAAAGCAUUGCUAAUGAACCAAGGGCCCGAAAUCCCAGGAUGAACUUGGGUCCAUCCCAGAGAUCACCACAGGAGUCAUGAGGUGCCCUGUGUGUCACCAGCUUGACCCAGGCCGCAGGCCAUUUACUCUGCCAGCACCUGCCGUGAUCCUAUCCCACCCCUGAGGAGGAAGUUCGCUCUUUGAAGAGAAAGUGCUUCCUUAUUGCCGGCACCGGCCUCUCACCGCGGGAGGUGGGGAAUGGCUGAGAAUAUCUGGUCCAGGUGAUCAGAACUGAGGCCAGUUUUGUGACAACACUGGGGUUAGCCACGGCAUGCCGCCUCCCAGAACAAGGGAGGGCAGGGGUCCCCGAGACCGACCCCCGGCUCGCAGUCAGGAAGAGGACCCGGAGAAAUGGGACUGGAAUUGUCCAGAGACGCGUCGCCUCUUCGAGGACGCCUUCUUCGGUGAUGAGGAUUAUAUCCGGCAGGGUUCCGAGGAGUGCCAGAAGUUCUGGACCUUCUUUGAACGCUUGCAGAGAUUCCAGAAUCUCAAGACCACCAGGAAGGAGGAGAAAGACUCUAGGCAUCCGAAGCACAGCAUCCCGGCACUGGCCGACCUACCUCGCGCCUAUGACCCCCGCUACCGCAUCAACUUCUCCGUCCUUGGCCCCGACGCUCGGUGCUCUCGGGGGCUAGGCGGGCGCCUGGCCCCGGAGAGAGUGUCUGAAUUCCGCCGAGCCCUGUUGCACUACCUGGACUUUGGCCAGAAGCAGGCGUUUGGGCGGCUGGCCAAACUGCAGCGUGAGCGCUUGGCACUGCCCAUCGCCCAGUAUGGGGACCGCAUCCUGCAGACGCUGAAGGAGCACCAGGUGGUGGUGGUGGCAGGUGACACGGGCUGCGGCAAGUCCACUCAGGUGCCCCAGUACCUGCUGGCCGCUGGCUUCGGUCACGUGGCAUGCACCCAGCCCCGGCGAAUCGCCUGCAUCUCACUGGCCAAGCGGGUUGGCUUUGAGAGCCUCAGUCGGUAUGGCUCACAGGUCGGCUACCAGGUCCGUUUUGAGAGCACACGCUCGGCGGCCACCAAGAUUGUGUUCCUGACAGUGGGGCUGCUCCUGAGGCAAAUCCAGCGGGAGCCCAGCCUGCCGCAGUACCAGGUCCUGAUCGUGGAUGAGGUCCACGAGCGGCAUCUCCACAACGACUUCCUCCUGGGUAUCCUCCGGCGCCUGCUGCCCCAGCGACCUGACCUCAAGGUCAUCCUCAUGUCAGCCACCAUCAACAUCUCGCUCUUUUCCAGCUACUUCGGCAAUGCCCCUGUGGUACAGGUGCCCGGGAGGCUGUUCCCCAUCACGGUCGUGUACCAGCCGCAGGAGGCCGAGCCGACAACAUCCAAGUCGGAGAAGCUGGACCCGCGGCCCUUCCUCAGGGUGCUGGAGGCCAUUGACAAUAAGUACCCACCCGAGGAGCGGGGUGACCUCUUGGUCUUCCUCAGUGGCAUGGCGGAGAUCAGCACCGUGCUCGAGGCCGCCCAGACCUACGCCAGCCACACCCAGCGCUGGGCCGUGCUGCCGCUGCACGGUGCCCUCUCUGUGGCCGACCAGGACAAGGUGUUCGACGUGGCCCCACCUGGAGUCCGGAAGUGCAUCCUCUCCACCAACAUCGCUGAAACCUCAGUCACCAUUGAUGGGAUCCGCUUUGUCGUAGAUUCUGGGAAGGUGAAGGAGAUGAGCUAUGACCCGCAGGCCAAACUGCAGCGGCUGCAGGAGUUCUGGAUCAGUCAGGCCAGUGCCGAGCAGCGUAAGGGCCGGGCGGGCCGCACGGGCCCUGGUGUCUGCUUCCGCCUCUAUGCCGAAUCGGACUACGAUGCCUUCGCCCCCUACCCUGUCCCGGAGAUUCGGAGGGUCGCCCUGGAUGCGUUGGUGCUGCAGAUGAAGGGCAUGAGUGUGGGGGACCCCCGAACCUUUCCCUUCAUCGAGCCCCCCCCACCAACCAGCUUGGAAACGGCCAUCCUCUACCUCCGGGACCAGGGGGCCCUGGACAGCUCAGAGGCCCUCACCCCCAUUGGGUCCCUGCUGGCCCAGCUGCCUGUGGACGUCGUGAUUGGGAAGAUGCUGAUCCUGGGCUCCAUGUUCCACCUGGCGGAGCCUGUGCUCACCAUCGCCGCCGCCCUCAGCGUCCAGUCGCCCUUCACCCGCAGCGCCCAGAGCAACCCCGAGUGUGUGGCGGCGCGGCGACCCCUGGAGAGUGACCAGGGCGACCCCUUCACGCUCCUCAACGUCUUCAACGCCUGGGUGCAGGUGAAAUCUGAACGGAGCAGAAACUCUCGCAGGUGGUGCCGCCACCGGGGCAUAGAAGAGCAUCGGCUGUAUGAGAUGGCCAACCUGCGGCGCCAGUUCAAGGAGCUGUUGGAAGACCACGGGCUGCUGGCCAGGGCCCAGGCCUCGAAGCCAGGCGACAGCUACAGUCGGCUACGACAGCGCCGGGAGCGCCAGGCGCUCUACCAGCUGAAGCGCCAGCAUGAGGAGGGCCAGGGGCGCAGGCGCAAGGUGCUGCGGCUCCAGGAGGACCAGGACGGCUGCUCCAGCGACGAGGACCGGGGCGGCACAGCCUCCCAGGGGGCCGGCGACAGCGUGGACAUCCAGGAUGUGAAGUUUAAGCUCCGGCACGACCUGGAGCAGCUGCAGGCCGCCGCCAGCUCGGCCCAGGCCCUGACUCGGGACCAGAUGGCUCUGCUCAAGCUGGUGCUGGGCCGGGGCCUCUACCCGCAACUUGCCGUCCCGGACCCGUGCAACAGCGGCCGCAAGGACUCGGACCAGAUCUUCCACACCGAGACCAAGCAGGGCGCCGUGCUGCACCCCACCUGCAUCUUCGCCAACAGCCCCGAGGUGCUGCACACGCAGGAACAGGAGGCCAGGGGCGGCGACGGGAGCCGAGGUACCCUGAGCCCAGGCGGGGGUGGGGGGAAGCCCUCCAUCGGGGACGUGAGGGGCGGGACAGUGACCUCCGGGUGCCCCUCGCCGUCUGGGGUUACCCCCUCGCUCCUCCCCGCAUUCAGCUUCGCUGCGGCUGCUGAC